ACUAAAUAUAAUAAUUAUAUGCCUACCAAUCAUUUGUCAUUGUAAUCAUUUGUCGAAGUGUCGGUGUGAACAUUUUUGGGUUAUUUAAAAUAUCAAAUAUGUAUCAAUACCUACACAAGAAACAAAAAUACCGAUGAAGUGUAUAAAAAAAAUCACUUAAAUUUUGAUUAAAACUUUACGUGCAUUAUUUGUGCGGUAUUCGCUCACUAAUGUAAGAGGUACCUAUAUUAUAUACUUGCACGGCUGCACGUGUGUGAGGACUGAGGAUCAAUUUUUUCACACACAUUUUAGUAUAGGUGUAUAGCACACUUGAGGGCUUCAGCUUUUUUUUAAAGUAAAGAUGUUCAUGAAUAUGUUUUUAACCUCCACGUAUUUGUGGAGGUAUGCGUAGUUCCGUAGCUUUGUUUAUGAAGUUGUUAAGCAAUAAGUCCUGUCUAUGAACUUUUAAUUUUUAAAAGCCAAUUGAUAAUUUUCAUUUAACAAUCUCAAGCGGGCCAUCAGCGUACCAUUCAAAUUGUCAGUACACAGUACAUGUUUUAGAUCGCAGUUCAUUGUUCGUCAUUCAAAAUAAGAGAAUUAAUAAUAUUUGUGUAUGAAAUUAUCCGUCUAACCUAUACAACAGUAAGUUUCAAUUCAUAGAAGGUAAACGGCACGAGGACGGAUAGAUAGUUGCUAAGCGACCGACUGUACAACACACCGAAAAGUUCUGAAACAAAAGGAUACCACUGUAUACAAUACAAUUUUGUCACAAAUACGAUGAGUGUAUAAAAACACUGCCGCAUAAUAAGUGCACAAAUUAAUACAUGUUCGAGUGUCGUUUAUAAUUACGUUACGUUUGUUAUGACUGUUGUUUUUGUGUGAAAAAUAAUUUAAAAUGAAUUCUACGUGGAUAGACGUAGACAUCAACCCACCGAUCAAUCUGCAAACGUACAACUGCUGUAUGAUGUUGUCCGAUGUCCACGGCGACAACGAUAAUAAAUUCGUGGUCGUAGAUUUCGGUUCGGGAACGUCCAGCCCGCAGUUAAAAAUAUUCAAGGGGUUGAAACAAACGCACGUGAUAUAUUUGAACGAAAAACCGUCGGCUAUAACAACCGUAUACACGGAUAACAGCGAACAACACAUACCAUGUGUAGCUGUAGUGAUAAAAAAUGAGAUAUAUUUUUACCGAAAUUGUAAGCCCUAUCAUAAAUAUUCAAUUCAAUCGACGACAAUAAGAGAUACCGAAGAAUGUAAAUUAUGGCAAGAGAGUGAAGAUGCGUUCGAUCUGCUAAAACGUUUGCAAGUGUUGUCGUCGACCAUAGGAUUCGUGAGUCUAUCGACAACGUCACAGCAAAUGUUAUGCUUAAACGAGUGUCAUGUCAACGAAUAUUUUGAGAAGUGCAGGAAAACUAAUCUAGUCAAACAACACACCAUAACAUGUGUUACGGAGUUGAAAAGGAAUAUGAGCGAUGUACAUGGCGUCAGUUGUCUGGUAAUAGCAACCACCGACAUGAUCAGCAUACUCGAUACUGAAUCGUUUAAAAUUUUACCCGAUAAAUACGAGUUGCAGGGCGAAACAGCGUAUAUGUCUGCUACUGGGCUGUACGACGUCGACUAUAAGAUCCUUGUAGCCACAAGAACGGGUCGACUUUACAUUUUUUCUAAAUCGUCGACGAGCGGUUUCAAAGUCGAAACGACACAUGCGAUUGUGGCUGUAAUACUCCGAAUCGACAAGUUCAUUUGUUGCACUAUAGACGGACUUUUACAGUGUUAUACUCUAAAGUGUGUAUCUUUAUGGAACGUUAAGUUACCUGGAGACCCUACGUCCAUGGUGAACAUGUAUGUGCAAAGUAUGUCACUCGAAAUGACAGUCGUGUCGUGCAACGUGAUCAACGCUGAUGGACACUCCAGGGGGUUAGUUCUCAUGUAUUGCGGUUCGACGGUGAUCCACAAGAUUUCCAUGCCAGAUACAGUGACUUGCAUCACAUUUGGGAGAUUUGGACAAGAGGAAAACGCUCUGAUCAUGAUUAAUACCAACGGAAAAGUAGACAUAAAACUCUUGAAACGAACAGCGACGUUCGACUUGUGUGUUCGCCCGACGUUGACGGCGCACGUCCAAGGUAACUUGAGCAUACCCAAGAGAAGUAAUGUGUUCAUAGAACAGACUUUACGAGAGAGAGAACACUGUAAGGAAAUGCACGUACGAACUCAGCAAACAUGGCAACUACUGCAAAUAGUAGUGUCAAACGAACGGUUGAAUUCGAUCAAACAAAAAGUUACAAGCCAAUUUUUACACACGUCUGCUCAACUUUUAGGUCUGGGUCCACGUUUCAAAAUCCGUUUUUUUUUGAAAAAUUUGGGUAAAGACCCUUUGAUGGGCAUCAACGUUGCGUUUUUAUACAACGCCGAGUAUCAUAGUAUAGAAUCACCACGUUGCAGGGUGCCGAUUAUUGUUCCGGGGACGGAAAUCUAUUGCGAGACGUUUGUUACUUGUUGCACGUACGGCGGUUCCGACGACCGAGCAAUAGACAUCAUAGUCAACCGAGGAACUAACGUGAUGUAUAGAGCAAAAGUCAAUAUGCCAGUUUAUAAUAUUCAAACCAGUAAUCUUAGUGAGGAGUUAAACGAUAUUAUGUCAUAAUCAGUGUCAAUUCAAGAGUCUCAUUUUGGUAUUUUACAAAUUUGAUUGUGUAAUGGAAUGGCCAAUAGUCCAGAUAAAGAAAUACCGAUCGCGUCAGCAAGUGACGUCAUGGCCAUUGCAUAUUCCUGGCGCUCCUUCG